CUUUUUGAUUCAUUUACCGUCAAAAUGCUGCAGCCUUCAACGCUCACCCGUGCGCUGCGCUCCCGUGCCGCUCGCCAACUUGGCGCCGUGCAGACGGUCAGUCUGCACUCUGUUCGUGGUGCUGGACAGCAACGUGCUUCCUCUCGGGAAUCUUUCAAGUGGACUGCAGCUCUAGCGGCUGGCACAGCUCUAGCUGCCGUCGGGCUCUCCGACGUCGCAUUGAACGAGGACCACCACGAGUUCAUUAACUGGUCAGCCACGCACGAGUGUCGCCCCAAGAACUUCCAUGUUCCUGAGACGGUGGACGAGGUGGAGAAGUUGCUACAAACGUACCACAACAAGAAGCAGAAACUGCGAUGCAUGGGAGCUGGCGUCUCUCCCAACGGUCUGGGCUUUUCGGGCAAAGCUGCCGGCAAAGGCGAUGCUUACGAGGCACUCAUGACAUUAGCGUUGUUCGACAAGAUCCUCAACGUGGACAAGGAGAAGCUGCAGGUGACCGUGGAGACCGGUUUCAUCGUCGGAGAGCUGCUGGACAAGCUGCGCGAGCACGGCAUGACCAUGCAGAACGUGGCUUCCAUCCGUGACCAGCAGGUCGGUGGCAUUUGCCAAGCUGGAUGCCACGGCACAGGUGCGGGUAUCCCUCCCAUUGACGACCAGAUCGUCGAGAUGGAGAUCGUGACCCCUGCCAAGGGCAAGAUGACGCUCAGUGCCACACAGAACCCGGAGCUCUUCCACCUAGCCAAGUGUGGACUCGGAGCACUCGGAGUGGUGACCAAGGUCACACUGCAAUGUGUUCCUAUGCACAAGCUGAUCGAGAAGACCACAGUGAUGACGUUGGACGAGAUCCGUAAGAACCACAACCGUUGGCUCGUCGAGUUCCAGCACUUACGCUACAUGUGGAUCCCCUACACGGACGCCGUGGUGGUGGUACAGUGUCGUCGUGCUCAGGAAGACGAACCACUGAACGACAAGCGCUUCCCUCCAGUACAGAACAGCGACAAGGUGCGUAUGGAGGCCCCGCGCGAGCUGUACCUGGAGCUAACCAAGAACAAUCCCGAGCCGGAUUAUCUCGACUGGAGCUUUACGAAGAUGCGCGACAAACUGCUUGAGAUCAACCCGUUGGACAAACGACACGUCGUUCGUGUGAACGAGGUGGAAAAACAGUUCUGGAAGCUUAGCGAGGGCUACCGGGUGGCGUACUCGGACGACAUCAUUGGCUUCGACUGCGGAGGCCAACAGCUCGUGGAGGAGGUUUCAUUUCCGACUACUGGUACCCUGGAUCUCGACUUUAUGGAGAAACUUCUCAAGCGUAUUGACGAGGAGGACAUCCCGGCACACUCGCCGAUCGAGCAGCGUUGGUCAGCUCGUAGCACUUCCUUGAUGAGUCCGGCGUCGGCUUCCAACCCGGACCAGAUCUUCUCGUGGGUGGGUGUCAUUUUGUACUUGCCAACAGCGGAGAAGAAGGUUCGUACGGCUAUCAAAGACCGCUUUAUGGAGUUUUACGCCAUGUACCGGGACUUCAUGGAGCCCUACGGAGCUACGGAGCACUGGGCGAAGAUCGAGUGGCCUCAAGAUGCCGCCGAGCGCAAGAAGAUGCGCGAACGCUUGAACAAGAGAUACCCGCUUGACAAGUUCAAGAAGGCUCGCGAUGAAUUGGACCCUCACCACAUCCUGUCCAACCACAUUGUGGACGAGAUGUGUGCUUAA